AUGGCGGCUGGACAGAAAUGCCUCUGCUUAAGCAAUCUAGUCAAUUUUCAGCUAUUUGAGGAAGGAAUAGGGAAGAAUUCUUCUGAUUCAAGCAGUGGCGAGGAGGGUGAAUUGCCUGCUACACUGACUGGUUCUAAGAGAGAUGAAUAUGAUCAUGGGAGGCGAGACAGAAAGAGAGAAAAGUAUGAUAGUGAUGAUGAUGGAAACGGAAGGGGAGGAGAUGAUGAUAGAGGCCGUAGAAGCCGAUACAAGAAUGACGAGGCAGAGGAUGGUGAUGUUGAUGAGAAGAAAUACCUACGACGGGGAAGAGAUGAGAAUGACAGACUUGAAAAUGGACGCUCGGUUAGGGACGAUGAUGAUAGGAAGGGCCGACGAAGGAGUGAGCACCACGAGAGGGAUAGAGUGCAUAAGAAGACGGAAUCUAAGGGUAGGGAUACAUAUGACGAUGUUGAUAGAAAAGAUAAGAGGAAGAGGGAGUCUGAUGAGAGGAAUAGGGGAAGCGAUAGGGGAGAGGAUAGUGACGAUAGGAGAGGGAGAGAUGAUAACGAAAAAGGGCGUAACAGGGAUACAAAUGAAAGAUAUAAGGGAAGGGAUAGGGAAAGGGAAGAUGACGAUGAUAGGAGGGGCAAGAAACAAAGUAGGAGAGAGAGACAUGAGCGGGAUGGAUAUGGCAGCAUUGAGGAUAAGAAUGUGGGCAGUGAUAGUGACCCUGAUAGGAAAAACCGAAAGAGCAGGAGGGAUAGGAGGGACAGGGAAAGAGAGAAGAGACGAGAGGAUGAGCGUAAAGAUCGGAGAAGGCGUUGGGAUGAAGGGGAGAAGGAGAUAAACACUGGAAGGAAAGAGGAAGAUAAGAAUGGGGAGCGAGAAGUUGCUGGAGGUCAGGUGAAUGUUGAACCUAAUGUGCUUCAGAAACCUGAGAAUUUGGGGAGGAUUGGUGGAGUUUAUAUUCCUCCAUUCAAGCUGGCAAGGAUGAUGAAGGAGGUGGAGGACAAGGCCAGCUUGGAAUAUCAAAAAAUGACAUGGGACGCUCUGAGGAAGAGCAUAAAUGGGCUUGUUAACAAAGCUAAUGCUAUAAACAUUAAAAAUAUUAUCCCCGAGCUCUUUGCUGAAAAUUUGAUCAGAGGGAGAGGCCUGUUUUGCAGGUCAUGCAUGAAAUCUCAAAUGGCAUCCCCUGGUUUUACUGACGUCUUUGCUGCUUUAGUUGCUGUUGCAAACACAAAAUUUCCUGAAGUUGGUGAGCUCCUACUUAAAAGGAUCAUAUUACAACUGCAAAGGGCCUACAGGCGUAAUGAUAAGCCUCAAUUGCUGGCAGCUGUGAAGUUUGUAGCUCAUCUGGUGAAUCAGCAGGUGGUUCAUGAGCUUAUUGCUCUUGAACUCCUGACAAUUUGGCUCGAAAACCCUACAGAUGAUAGUGUUGAGGUUGCUGUUGGAUUUGUGACAGAAUGCGGCUCCAUGCUACAGGACCUCUGCCCGAAGGGAUUACAUGUUAGCACGUUGAGUGAAAUCUCUAUCAUUACUUCUUCAAGUAUCGAUGGUUUCUCCAUUUACAUCUUCUCUAUGGGUCAUAUAUCUCCCAAGUCUUAUCUUGUAUUUGAGCGGUUCCGUGGAAUUCUUCAUGAAGGAGAAAUAGAUAAGCGGGUUCUAUUUUUAAUUGAAGGCCUUUUUGCUUUGAGGAAAGCAAAAUUUCAGGGAUAUCCAGCUGGUCGGCCAGAACUAGACCUUGUGGAGCUAGAAGAUCAAUUAACUCAUGAAAUUUCUCUUUCAGAUGAAAUUGAUCCUGAGAUUGCUUUAGAUAUUUUCAAACCGGAUCCCAAUUUCUUGGAGAAUGAGAAGAAAUAUGAAGACCUCAAGAAGUCAAUAUUAGGUGACGAGUCUGAUGAUGAAGCUGAGUCUGAUGGGGAGUCAAAUGAUGAUGAUAGUGAGCCUGAGGAGGAAUCUGAAGAAGAGGAAGAACGUAUGAAAAUACAGGAUGAGACAGAGACAAAUCUAGUUAACCUUCGGCGAACCAUCUACUUGACGAUCAUGUCUAGUGUUGACUUUGAGGAAGCUGGUCACAAGCUGCUGAAAAUCAAACUAGAGCCCGGCCUAGAGGCUUCUGAUUUUAUUUUGAUGACUUGCAGAUGGAAUUGUGCAUUAUGCUCUUGGAGUGUUGCAGCCAGGAGAGGACCUAGCUUCGAUACUAUGGACUUCUUGGCCAACCAGUAUUCUAUGAUCCAUCGGCUUGAGACAAAUAAACUGCGUAAUGUCGCAAAAUUUUUUGCGCAUUUACUUGGCACUGAUGCUCUUCCCUGGCAUGUCUUGUCCUACAUAAGACUGACUGAAGAGGAUACAACAUCAUCUUCCCGCAUUUUCAUUAAGAUUCUCUUUCAGGAAUUGUCCGAGCACCUUGGUAUCCGCCUGCUGAAUGAGAGGCUGAAUGACCCCAUGAUGCAAGACUCAUAUGAGUCUAUUUUCCCGAAGGAUAAUCCGAAGAAUACUAGGUUUUCUAUCAACUUUUUCACUUCAAUAGGUUUAGGUGGAAUCACUGAAAACCUGAGAGGUCUGCUUCUUCAUCAAGCUCAGCUGAUAGUGAUAGCGAAAGUGAUAGAGGAAAAGAUGAUAAACGAAGAAAGCGGAAAAGAAGAAGCUGAAGAGAAGAAGGCAUUUGUGGUGGGGUGA